UCAUCACUUAUUUGUUUGCAUGUGGAAGGCUGUCAUCACAAAUUUCAACUUUCUCUCUAAAUUUGUCCUCUUGAGCUUUCCACCCUUCACCCCAUAAAAAGGGAGAUGAACGGUGUGGUGUUCUCAGUGUGUAUUAUUUUUCAAUCUGAAUUGACAAAUAAAACUUCUAGUCAUAUCACUGACUUUUUCCUAGAUUGUACUAGAGUUACCUGAGUUACUCGCGUACUUAUAUUCUCCACGUUCCAUGCACAUGGUUCAGCAAGGCUGUAACUGAAGGAUCUUGCAGUGGAGAAGGGAGAAGUUCAUAUGGGUGUUAAAAAAAAUUCAUUUUUGGAAAAAGAAAUACAAGAUCUACUCGUAUGGGCUGGAUGCGAUCGACCGAAUCUUAACUCAUCUCAAAGUACUCUCUCCCCUUGUGUACGGACAAGGCAACAGAAAGAGAAGAAUCGAAAAUCUUCAGAAAAUCCACUGCCUGCACCAGCCAUUCCCACAUUACCUCCACCCUUGGCAUCAGUUAACAGGUCAAAUUCUGAACGGCGCCUAAGGUGAUUCCCCAGGUGAUUAUCAGACAAACAUCAGCUGUUGUCCCAUUGAGCAAGGAGGUACCCUCCGAGGUUUGUCGUAACGGGGAAGUAAUAUCAUCACCUUCAUUAACAGACCCUUCUGCUACGAAAUCUAGUUCAGAUUUCUUCGGUCGGGCCGUGUUUUCCAAGAAAUCAAACACGUCUCUCGACCCAGAACUCCGUCACACAGUAGAACUCAGUCAGACGACAUACCAGAGUCAAUAGGUUCGAAUCACAAGUGCCUGGACUCACGUCUUAUAUCAAGCAAGAACUCGGGAUCUAUUGCACGCAAGGGAGGCGUACAAUCAAACACUGUCAAAUCACCAAUUUCGAAACUUCUUUCUCGUCAGAGUAAAAUCGUGACUUCCGCUUAUGUGCCCAAAGAUUGGA